AUGAGCGCGACUCCCGCUGUCCUCAGAGCUUCAGCCUGCUCAGCCUGCAGGUUCUCGGCUCUGCGACUCUUCGUCAGCAGCUUCGCGACUCCCAGAGCUCCUCUUCCAGCAGCCCGUACCCGGAUUCUCUCCCCGGCCGUCACCUACUCGACUUUCCGACCUUCCCCUCGACUACUGGCUAGCCCGGCCAUCGAAGAACACGCUGAGCCUGCCGCUCAAGAGCAACCGAACAAGAUCGAGGAUGCUCAGGCAGAGGCGAACAAAGCAGAGGCCAGCACAGAGACGAGCAAUGAAGGCGGCGCUGAUGUGCCGUGGUAUCUUCAAGUCGACGCCCCCACACAUCCCACCCUCGUACACGAGCCGCCGCCGCUGCCAGACAUUCCCGAGGGUUCUCCCAAGCUGAUGGAGCCCUUGGUGAAGUUCGUAUCCGAUGAGCUGGGCAUGGACAACCUCGACCUUCUCGAUCUUCGCGCGAUCGAUCCGCCACCUGCUCUGGGGCCCGAGGUGCUGAUGCUCUUUGGCACUGCCCGCAGUGAGCGUCACUUGCACGUCUCUGCCGACCGUCUGGUACGCUGGCUGCGCAACCGUGGAAUCUCGGCCAAGGCUGACGGCUUGCUGGGAAGGAAUGAGUUGAAGACAAAACUGAGGAGGAAGGCCCGCAAGGCGAAGCUUCUCGGUACUACGGGCCUUCCGAGUGGAGCUGACGACGGCAUCACCACCGGUUGGAUUUGCGUUAAUCUCGGCACUAUUGGAUGGUCGGACAUGGAAAUGGAGUUCAAGGACGAGAAUGGCAUGACAAGCGGUUUCGGUGUGCCCCAAAGCGGGACCACAAUUGUUGUGCAGCUGAUGACGGAGACACGGAGGGAGGAGUUGGCUCUGGAAAAGCUUUGGAGCGGCAUCCUGCGGCGCAGUCUGGAGAGGCAGGACAAGAUCGACGGGAAGCUUCCUGAUGCCACCUUCACCACUGCGCCCGACACUGUAUCGCGCUCUACCUUCUUGCGCCCGACACCCAUUCGUUCAAGUGGACGGAACCGGAAGAGACCUGAUCGCUUGUACUUCUCUACCUCGGCGCGACAGCACGCAAAGGCCGUCGACGUUUCCCAAACUGACUUGGCUACAGCAAUGGCUGGAUGGGAAUACAGCAACGCUAGCCCGUCUACGAUUGACAACCUUCUGGCCCAGGAUACCGAUUCCAAGGUUCAGCUCUUAUUCCAGAUGCAGGACUACCUCUACAGCCUUCCCAAGGACCAGGCCCUCUCAGCGGUAUCCCUUUGCGAAGACGGUUCCCCCAGCACCUUUAUGCGCCUGUUCAACCGUGCCAUCGAGAAUCUGCCCUCCGCCCAGGCGUGGGAGGCCCGCCUCUGGCUCGAAAAGGCAGCACGUGCCCUUCAGCAUCCCGACCACGGCCUGGCCCGACUCGGCGACCUUAUCCAGGAAAUGAAGCUCUCGGGAGCAGCCGAUCUUUCGCGCGAAAAGUUUGUGGACUUCCUCCGGAUGAUAUUUGCCAUACCAGAGACGACUGACGCAGGCGUUCGCCAACAGGCUUCCCUCUCCAUGGAUGUAAUCGACAUGCUGUUUUCCCGCGGCGAAAAGGUGAUUGAGUUCGACGUGGUCGUGGCCGUGAUCGAAUCCCUCUUACGGACCGGCGUCCGCACCCCCGAAGCUCGACGACUCCUCACUCAGUUUGAGGACCUACUUGGCGAGGCCCAGAUGGACUGUCCGACCGAAGACGAGAUCAUCCGGUUGCUCGACGUGUACGCCCACUACCGCGCCUGGGAGAAGUUCUGGAACGUCUGGCGCAUUUUCCCCAGGUAUUGCGAGCGCAGGACCGAACGCAUGUACACCAAGGUAUACGAGCGCAUUGCAGCGGUAGAUCACCAGGCAAUGGCCACGGACGCUCUGAGAUGGUGUGUGGAGGAAAUGUGGCAUGAACAGCCGCCUGUGCGGGUGACGCCGGCUAUGCUCAAGGCGCUUGAGGCAUGCAUUCGCAUUGCUGACCCGGAGGCAGAGUCUUUGGCAAAGGACAUUGAUGACAGGAUCUCAGACGCACAGUAUAUGGAUCGCGAGUUUGUCCGACUCUGGCUAACUUUGCACGGGUCCGCUGCCUGGGGUGCUUAG